GAAAGUAAUGCGACUCUCUUUGAACACGGCCAUAAGGCUCAAGGCCAAGGCGCCUCAUCUCCUUCACUCGCUCUACCUACCCGCUGCCAACACCGCGCUACCGUUUCGAAACGUUGCGACUCACUCGAAAGCAACAACUCUAACUCUAACUGCAAAAACCAGAGCCUUUCUUCCGUCGCCUUUUCUUACCUGCGGGGCUGCCAUGGCGACCGCCGCGUGCGUUCAAGUGAAGGAACAGAUUGAGUUGACGGAAACGGAAAAGAAGAUUUUCGAUAGGCUUUUGAACACUCUUCGCUAUUUCAAUCUCCAAACUCAGCUUCGAGUUGCUGGUGGGUGGGUCCGGGAUAAGCUUCUUGGCAAAGAAUGUUAUGACAUUGAUAUUGCACUUGACAAUAUGUUGGGCAGUGAAUUUGUUGAUAAGGUUCGGGAGUAUUUGUCAUCUACAGGGGAAGAGGCACAAGGGCUUGCUGUCAUUCCAAGUAAUCCUGAGCAGUCUAAGCACUUAGAAACAGCAAGGAUGCGCCUUUUUGAUUUAUGGAUUGAUUUUGUGAACUUAAGGUGUGAAGACUACAGCGAGAAUAGCCGCAUCCCUACAAUGAAAUUUGGUACUGCCGAGGAGGAUGCAUAUCGAAGAGAUUUAACCAUUAAUAGCUUGUUCUACAAUAUUAACACCAACUUAGUUGAAGACUUCACUAAAAAAGGGAUUGAGGAUCUAAAAUUUGGAAGGAUAGUGACUCCAUUACCUCCAAAGGAAACGUUUUUGGAUGAUCCCCUACGGGUUCUUCGAGCUAUUCGUUUCGGUGCAAGGUUUGGUUUUGCUUUGGAUGAAGAAUUAAAGAAAGCUGCUUCUUGUGAUGAUGUAAAAACAGCUCUUGCAGCUAAAAUUAGCAGAGAGCGCAUCGGAACUGAAAUUGAUCUGAUGAUCUCUGGCAAUCAACCUGUUAAAGCAAUUGACUACAUUUGUGAUUUGACAUUAUUUUGGGUUGUUUUCAAUCUCCCUCUGCAGGUUGAGCCUGCUGUAUCAGAAGAAUGCUAUAGGCUUUCUGCUGCUUAUUUGGAUGCUACAUGGAAACUUAUCGAACUUAUUGGAUGCUCCAGCUUUAAUGAUGAACAGAGAAGGCUGUCUUUGUAUUCUGCUUUAUUUCUGCCAUUGCGCAAUGCCACAUAUAAGGAUCAAAAAGCUAAAAAGAUUCCUGCUGUCAACUACAUUUUCAAGGAUUCUCUUAAGCGAAAAGCUAGUGAUGCUGAAACGGUUAUAAAAGUCCACAAGUCGUUGGACAAAUUCUUAUCUUUGAUUCCUUGUCUUUUAUCAAAUGAUGAUAUGCAGCUCGUUAAGGUUGAUUGGGGACAAGAAUUUGUCGAUGUCCCUGUUAGUUCAAAACUGCGGGUACUGACAGGGUUUCUUCUCAAAGAAAUUAAAGAUUUUUGGCGAGUUGCUUUGUUGAUGUCUACAUUGCUAUAUCCCGCUGGUAUUGAUUGCACUCAAGAUGAUAGAGACAAGCACUUUCAACUGGAUAAAAGAAAAGACCUUUUUGUGUCAGUUCAGAAUGCCAUCGUUAAGUUAGGUCUUGAGAAAGCUUGGGAUAUAAAACCAUUGGUUAAUGGGAAGGAUAUCAUGAAUGUUUUGCAGCUUAAAGUUGGAGGGCCUCUUGUUAGUGAAUGGCAACAAAAAGUUCUCACAUGGCAGCUGGCACAUCCGUCCGGGACUGCAGAGGAAUGCCUUGAUUGGAUGAGGGAAACACAUUCGAAGCGCAUAAAGAUUAAGUAACAGACUGGUUGCCGGACAUUUUUCCUUCAGCCCUAGAUUAUCAUAACAGGGGGUUGGUAUACUUUUCUGAUCACCCACUGUUCUGAACAUCUUGGAGCUCGAUUACCGUCUGAGCAAAACUGUCUUGAAAUUUUGGGUGUCGACUCAAGCUUCGAAAACGAAGCUGAAAAGCAUUGCUGGAGCAACAUGAUGUUCAGGGUAGAUGCAUAAGCAUUUUGUCUACAUUUACUUCAACAAAGUAGCAUGUUCAUUACGUAAAAGUAUUGUAGGAAAUUGGAGUUAGGUUUGAUGAGUGUGAUAGGCACAAAGGCAUGGGAUGCAAUAACAUACAUCUUACUAAGUUAGUGGUGUAGUUGAUCAUCCUCUCUGUUUCCUUAAUAACCACUUCACAUAUAUUUAUGAAGAUCAAUAAGAGUCCGAGGGUGUACUCCUUUUCUUUUU